GCAAUAAUGCUGUUAACAGUUUUUGAUCAACUGAGCUAAUGUGUGAAAUGCACCUCCUAUCUGGAGAUGGUGACAAAAUUUAACCCUUAUUUCAAUCUUGAAUCUUAGAAUUUUAGAGGCACGCUGUUUUUCUUAAAACGCUUUAUAUUUUACCUUUAUUUUCUUUUAGGGUACUGGGGAUUUAACCCAGGGGCACUCAACUCCUGAACUACAUCCCCAGCCCUUUAUAUUUUUUAUUUUGAGACAGUGUCUUGCUAAGUUGCUGAGGCUGGCCUUGAACUUGUCAUCCACCUGACUCAGCCUCCCAAGUCUCUGGGAUUAUAGGCAUGUGCCAUUGCACCCAGCUGUUUUCUCUUUCUUACUCAAAAUCAUUGUGCACUUUUGUUAACUCUUGAUUAUCUCUGUUUGAGGGAAGGAGAACAGAUAAUUAUUGUACAUAGUCAAUUUCCACUAACCUAUAAUUUUUUAAAGUAACCUUUUUUUUAAUUAUGAAAGUAAUAUGUGCUAUCUAUGUAGAAGACUUGGAAAAGUGAAAAUCAAGCAAAAGGUUGUGUUUAUUGUAUUUCAGAUGCUGAAAUGAAUCGUCACCUGUGUGUUUGGCUUUUUAGACAUUCAUCUCUUAAUGCUUAUCCCCAGCAUCACCUACACCUCCAUUCUCAUCACUUUAGACAGAUACAUCUCCUUUCAGAGCCCUGGGUUCUUAGACAAAAUAGGAAUCACAUUUUCCAUUGUCUGUUAAGUAAGAAUUGGUCCAGGAGAUAUUGUCAUCAAGAUACCAGAAUGCUCUGGAAGCAUAAAGCACUACAGAAAUAUAUGGAAGACUUAAAUAAGGAGUAUCAAGCACUUGGUCAGUGUUUACAGGAUAACUCUUUGAAUGAAAGGGACCAAAGGUCCUUGAACCAAAGGCAUGCUGAGUUGGCACCACUUGCAGCCAUUUGCCAAGAAAUUCAGGAGACUGAACAAGCAAUUAAAGAAUUAGAAUCAAUGUGUGAAAGUCUAAAUAAACAAGACGAAAAGCAGUUACAAGAACUUGCAUUGGAAGAAAGGCAAAUCAUUGACCAAAAAAUCAACAUGCUGUACAGUGAGCUUUUUCAGAGUCUCGUGCCAAAAGAGAAAUAUGACCAAAAUGAUGUUAUUUUAGAGGUUACAUCUGGAAGAACUACUGGAGGUGAUAUCUGCCAACAAUUUACCCGAGAAAUAUUUGACAUGUACCAGAACUAUUCACACUAUAAACACUGGAAAUUUGAACUUCUGAAUUAUACACCAGCAGAUUAUGGUGGACUACAUCAUGCAGCUGCUCGAAUUUCUGGUGAAAAUGUCUAUAAGCAUUUGAAGUAUGAAGGUGGAAUUCACCGAGUUCAGCGAAUCCCUGAGGUGGGCCUGUCAUCAAGGAUGCAGCGUAUUCACACAGGAACAAUGUCAGUCAUUGUCCUUCCUCAGCCAGAUGAGGUAGAUGUGAAAGUUGACCCCAGGGAUUUGCGAAUAGAUACUUUUCGAGCCAAAGGAGCAGGAGGGCAGCAUGUUAAUACAACAGACAGUGCUGUCAGGCUUGUCCACAUCCCCACAGGACUGGUAAUAGAAUGCCAACAAGAACGAUCACAACUGAAAAAUAAAGAAAUAGCUUUGCGUGUGUUGAGAGCUCGACUCUACCAGCAGAUUAUUGAGAAGGACAGGUGUCAACAACAAAGUGCUAGAAAACUGCAGGUGGGAACAAGAGCCCAGUCAGAGAGAAUUCGGACAUAUAAUUUCACACAGGAUAGAGUCACUGAUCAUAGGAUAGCAUAUGAAGUUCGUGACAUUAAGGGAUUUUUAUAUGGAGAGAAAAGCCUGGAUCAACUAAUUCAGAGACUACUUCAAUCAGCAGCUGAAGAAGCCAUUGUUGAACUUUUGGAUGAAAACCUUAAGUCUGCAAAAUAAAUAUUUAUUUAUUCUUUAUUAGUGGAAUGGUCCUAUAUCAAGAAUCAGACAGAAUAUGUAUGUCAGAGUACAUUCUACUGUCACGUAUAAUUACAUAGAACUAAUAAAAAAAAUUUAAAAAAAGGAAUCAUACUGAGGAGUAGGAAUCCUUAUGAAUAUUCACAAAAUACAAUAUUUUUUUUAAUGAAUCAGUCACAUUUAUUGACUAAGGGUUUAAGUUUUAAUAAACUACCUAAAUUUCCAAGUAGAAAAUAAGCAUGUGUUAUUGAAAAGAGAAAGAGAGUAUUGAGAACUGACUGUGUCAUUUAAGACAGGUCACUUGUUCUCUCAUGCCCUUUCUUAAACCACCUAUAAAUUAAACUUUUUUCAUCUACCACAGGAAAAUGUAAAAUUUAGUGAUACAAGAUUUGUACACUUAUUUGUAAACCACUUAUCUAAAGACAAAGUAUUGUUAAUCAUGUCAAAGUUAGGACUUAGACUUCUAUUUUUUAAUAAAAAAUAAAUAAAAAUUGUGAAGAACUUGUGAAGAAUAUUGUGCUCAACAUCAGUGAGCCUCUCUAGGAUACAGAUUGCACCCUAGGAUUUGAUUGCUGAAUGAAUUCUAUAUUAUAUAAACUACAGGCCAAUAUUUAAAGUAGAUUUUCUGUUGACUUCUAUUUUUUAUUGUUCUUUGGGUCAACUUAAUAAGCAUCAACAGAUGUGAUGUAAUAUGAAUAACUCAUUAUGAUCCAUAUCAUGCAGUGAUGUAUAAAACCCAAUCCUUACCUUAAAGAGAUUCCUAUUGGGUGAGAUAACUAAACUUAAAACAACCAUUGCAGUACAUUUAGCUCCAUAGAGGCAGCCCAGGGCAAGUGAGAGGCAGACCGACACUGGGUGACUGCGCCUCACUGAGGAAAAUCCACUGAACACAGUCAGAGGAGAUCCUAAGAAGCUGAGAGGCAAAAUGUCAUCAUGAGCAUUCUAUGCAAACUUGUCAGAAAGAGUGCAAGAAGAAUCACCCAGGUGCUUCAAUUUCUGAGUUUUCUAAAAAGUGCUAAAUGGCAAAGGUGGAAUUGAAAAACCCAUGUCCUUUUUCAAGGGUAAACAAGAAAGUUCCAGGAUUCCAUUGUACCCAAGAGAUCUCCUUCAGCUUUCUUGUUCUGUUAUGAGUUUUGCCUCCCAAAUCAGGGAGAACAUUUGGACCUGUUGAUUGGUGAUGUUGCAAAGAAACUGGGAGAGAGAUGUGGAAUAAUGCUGCAAGUAAAGAAAUCUCACAAAAAGAAAGCUCCAAGCUGAAAGAAAAUAUGAAAAGGAUAGCACUGCCUACCAAGCUAAAGGAGAAGCAAGAUCAACCAUCUUCCUGUCCUAGGCCAGGUUAUCUCUCCUUCUCUCCAGCCACAGGAAUGAAGGAAUCCAGACUUUGGGGCUGGCGCCAGUGGACCUAAGAAAAGGCGCUCUCUCAAGGCUACUGCUUGGAUAUAAAUUACGACUCCUGAUAGGGCACACAUGAAGUUUAGCCUUUGCGUCUCCUCUUUAAAAGUCCGCAGUUCCCCCUGGCAGUUAGAAUCACAGCCUCUGAUUCUUCUUUGCUAGCAAAGAAAUAAAAACUACUUUUCCCUUUUUCUCAGAACCUUGUCCUCAUUAUUAAAUCAGUAUUGGGGACCAAGACCAAUCUUUCAGCAUCAAUCACAGAUCUUAAAUAUUUCCAAGUUGCAGAAAUCUAUGGGAAAGCAGGGAACCAGGUCUAAUAAAUAUUUGGGGUCCUGUAAAAGGACUCUAAACCAAAUAUAGCAAGGGGAGAUAUAAGAAAGUUAAAAAUCAAUUACUGGACUUACAUAAUGUAUCUAAAGUAGUCAAAUUCAUAGAGACAGAAAUUAGAACGAGGGUGGUAGGAGUUGGGAGAAGGGGCGUUAUUGUUUAAUGAGUACAGUUUCAGUUCUGCUGGAAAUGAGUUUUGUAAAAUAAUGGUGGUGAUAAUUGCAAAAUAAUGUGAACACAGCUAAUGCAUACUUAAAUUUUUAGUGAUAAAUUUUAGUUGCAUUUCACUGAUAUUUAAAUUUUUUUUUAUAAAGUUGCUUUCUCCCUGGUUGGGGUUCAGUGUAGAUGAAAAAGCUGUGUAACUGAUGAUGACUGACUUAAUUCUGUCUAAUAUAUUUGAGGGAUGCCCCCAAACUUCACUUUUUAUGUACAAAGGAGAUACUAAAGCCCAGAACCAACUUAGCUUAAAGUCAUUAUCCUGGAGUAUUUUGCUCUAUAACCUAUUCAGCUGAUAAUAAACAAGAAAAAAAAAUACAUUUUGAGGGUUAUUCUCCUGCUAUGUGUAUUUCACCUAUGCAUGUAUUACUGGAAAUU